AUGGGGUCAUCCUUGUGUGUGCUUUCAAUACUAGUACUAGUUGUGUUAUCGUUUCAUUUUGUGGUUGCAAACUCAUCACGCUCUUUGCAGCAGCCAUCUUGCCAUGAUGAGGAGAGCUCUGCCAUGCUCAAGUUCAAGCAAAGCCUUGUCAGUGACCUAUCUGCUUCAAAUGUUAGCAAUGGUGCUUAUUCGAAGGUUUCAACAUGGAAACCACCUCUGCAAGGAGAAAACAAGACAUGCUGCUCAUGGGCCGGGGUUGAGUGUGAUGAGAAGACAGGUCAUGUAAUUGGGCUUGAUCUCAGUAGUAGUUUGCUCUAUGGCUCUAUCAACUCCAACAGCACCCUCUUCCGCCUUGUUCAUCUUGAGAGGCUCAACCUUGCUGACAAUAAUUUCAAUUCCUCACAAAUUCCUCCUACCAUUAGGAACUUUCCAAGACUCAGGUAUCUCAAUCUCUCUAUGUCGGGCUUUUCUGGUCAUGCCUCAUCUGAAGUUUCACAGUUGUCUCAGUUGACAUCCCUUGAUUUAUCUCAAAAUUUUAUGUUUUCAGACGAAAGAUUCUUGAGAAGUCUAGCUCAAAACUUAACUAGCCUAGAAAUACUUGAUCUUACUUACAUGAAUAUAUCAUCCACAGUCCCCGACACCUUGGCCAAUUUGUCACAUUUGACAUCCCUCUCCCUUCGAACUUGCGGCCUGUUCGGCAAAUUACCAUUUUCUCUUAGUAAUAUUAGACAUCUCAUCUAUUUGGACCUUGGAGAUAAUAAAUUUACUGGUCAAAUCUCUGCAGCCUUGGGAAGCCUUACCCAACUAACAGAACUUGGGCUUUAUUCAAAUCAAUUGUCUGGCCCCAUCCCUGCUUCCUUGGGAAACCUUACCCAACUAACAAAACUUAGGCUUUAUUCGAAUCAAUUAUCUAGCCCCAUCCCUGCUUCCUUGGGAAACCUUACCCGACUAACAAAACUUGGCCUUCAUAGUAAUAAUUUAAAUGGUUCAAUUCCUCAGUCCUUAUUCAAUCUCAGGAAUCUCCAGUUCCUUUAUCUAGAAAAUAAUACUUUGAGCGGUACGGUAGAGUUCCAUGAGUUUGUUAAGCUACAAGAGCUCACCUCUCUAGAUCUAUCAAGUAAUAAUCUGGAACUCACAGAAUCCAAAUCUUUGAAUAAUGCAACUACUGCAGUUCCAAAGUUUGAGUAUCUAAGAUUGAGUUGGUGCAACAUAAGAGAGUUCCCAAGUUUCCUAAGAUCUCAAAUGACAUUGAUUAUGUUGGAUCUUUCUGGAAACAAAUUGCAGGGCCAAGUGCCAAAAUGGAUAUGGAACACAAGCACACAAACUCUACGGGCGUUGAACAUUUCUCAUAACUUUCUAUCAGGCUUUGUGCAAUCUCCAGUUGUUCUUCCAUGGGCUAACCUAAAAAUGUUAGACCUUUCAUUCAACGUGCUUUGUGAAUUAUUAUUCUUACCUUCAGCUGCAUCCAUCAGAUACUAUAACAUUGCAAACAACAAAUUAACCGGACAAGUUUUGCCAAUGAUUUGCAAUUUGACUUCUCUUGAAUACCUUGAUUUGUCAAACAACAAGUUGAUUGGCGACCUACCGCAGUGUGGGGAAAAUUUUAGUGUUCAAAUGAAAUAUCUCAAACUUGGAAACAACUCAUUUCAUGGAAUUUUUCCUCAAUCUUACACCAAUGGAAGCAGUUUAAGGAUGAUGGAUAUUAGCCACAACAAUUUCCAUGGGCAACUACCGAGGUCACUAGCGAAUUGUGCAAGUCUUGAAAUUUUAGUCGUUUCACACAAUAAAUUUAAUGAUACAUUCCCCGUUUGGUUAGGGGUUGUCCCUGAGUUGAAAAUUUUGACAAUGGACCACAAUAUGUUCUAUGGAGUGAUUGUGAAACCUAAUAAGAAGAAUCUCACUUUCACAAUGCUGCGUAUUCUUGAUUUGUCUUACAAUAAUUUCUCAGGUGAGUUUCCAUUUGAAAACAUUUUCUCUAGAAAUGGGACAAGUAUCACUGAUGAUUUUGGGUAUUACUACACUGAUGAUUUGGUGUAUUUUCGAUCUGUUCGCUUGUAUUACUCAAUCACAAUAAUGAGUAAAGGUGUGGAGAGAUACUACCCGAAAAUUCAAGAGGACUUGAUAUUCAUUGACAUCUCAAGCAACAAUUUUGAAGGGAAGAUUCCUGAAUUCAUUGGGACACUAAGGGGGAUUAGGUCGCUCAAUAUCUCCAAUAACAGUCUCACCGAUAGCAUCCCCUCAUCCUUGGGCAACUUAUCAAGGCUUGAAUCGUUGGAUCUUUCACAUAACAAGCUCUCUGGUGAGAUUCCUCAGCAACUGGCACAACUUGAUUUUCUCACAAAGUUCAAUGUCUCUUACAACAAUCUCACAGGCCCUGUACCAAAGGGAAUCCACUUCACUACAUUUGACAGCACUUCAUAUCAAGGAAACCAAGGAUUGUGUGGAGACGUACUGCCAAAGAAAUGUGAAAAUUCUGAGGGCACUCAACUUCCACCUUCAACAUCAGAAGAUAAUGACUCGGACACUGGAAUUGAAUUGGAUUGCAAAUUUGUUGUGGCGGGGUUAGCGAGUGGCUUGUUGGUGGGAGUGGUUCUUGCAGACUUUGUGAUUACCAAGUGGAAUGUGCGGUUCAUUGAAAUUGUUGCGGUAUUGGUUAGACUAUCAAAAAGGAUGAGAAGGCCCAGAAAUUGA